AAUUAAAAAUAAAUGAACCCUUCCAUCCACCCCAGAUUGAGAAGGAGUCACCAUGGAGAUGCCCCCACCACGACCGGUCACCCACCUCAUCUUUGACAUGGAUGGACUACUUCUGGACACUGAGAAGCUGUACUCAGUGGUGUUUCAGGAGCUGUGUGGUCGCUAUGGGAAGAUGUACAGCUGGGAGGUCAAGUCCCUUGUGAUGGGGAAAAAGGCUCCAGAAGCUGCACAGAUCAUCAUCGAUGUCCUGCAGCUGCCCAUGUCCAAGGAGGAGUUGGUGGAGGAGAGCCAGGCCAAGCUGGCAGACCUGUUUCCCACGGCUGCCCUAAUGCCAGGGGCUGAGAAACUGAUCCAGCAUCUCCGAAAGCAUAGCAUCCCCUUUGCCCUGGCCACCAGCUCAGGCUCCGUGUCCUUUGAAAUGAAGACCAGCAGGCACAAGGAGUUCUUCAGGUUGUUCAACCACAUCGUGCUAGGAGAUGAUCCUGAGGUCAAGAGUGGGAAGCCAUCCCCAGACAUAUUCCUCUCCUGUGCACGGAGGUUCAGUCCCAUUCCUGCCCCAGACAUGUGCCUUGUCUUUGAAGAUGCUCCCAAUGGCGUGGAGGCAGCUCUGGCAGCUGGGAUGCAGGUUGUCAUGGUUCCUGAUGAAAACCUGAGUCAAGACUUAACAAGAAAGGCCACAGUGGUGCUGCGUUCCCUGGAGGAUUUCAAGCCUGAGCUGUUUGGUCUGCCUGCCUACGAGUGAUGGAGGCAGCCCUGGUGCUACCAUGGGCCAUUUGGCAUACCUGGGGGAUCACAUAGCUUUAUAAGGGCCACAUGGUAUACUAGGUUGGGGGAGGGAGUCUUGUUCAGGAUUCAUGCCACUGAGAAGAAAGGGGAACACAAUGUAUGGUACCAGAUUGAGCCUGCUUAUGUAUUGCAGCCUUGGGAAUGUGGCCAUCCCUAUCUGUAUGCCACAGCCAUCCUCUCUUUGGAGUGUGGUUGUGUCAGUAGAUAA